GACGUACGACGCGCGCUUUGGCGCUUUUCAAGGUUGGAAGUGCGGUCCGUUCAUAACUAGGAAGAGGGCAGUUCAAAAACCAUGGACGUAGAAAGCAGAAGACAAAACGAGCGAUAGCGUUGUAGGGUUUCUUAUUCUUUUUAAACGUCGUCUGCAUUUUUUUUACCAGACGCUUUCGACGCUGCUUUCUUCGCUCGCUCGUCUGGUCGGGAAAUGUCUUCUGCCGCUGAAGGAACUGGUCACUCUCUCGCCAGUGCUUCGUCGGGGCAGCAAGCUCCGACGAAGCGAGCCCCAGGGGAUGCUCCGGUGGACGAAAGUACGGUCGGGCUGGUCAAGCUUUUUGUGUCCACCCUGCUGCCCGACUUUUCCCCCAGGGGCGCUGUGUACGCGGUCGUCCUGGUGCUCGCCGUCUGCUACGCCGUGGUCACCCUCGCUGGAGUCGCCCGAAAGGCGCCCUCGUCCCCGUUCCGCUGCGACGACCCGUCUCUGCAGGCGCCCCAGGAGAAGGACAUCCUGCCCACAGCUCCUUACGUGGCGCUCGUGUGGGCCUCCACGGUGACCGCGGUGUCUGUGACCGAGUUGCGCCGACCCGGCGCCAGCUGGACGGAGGCCACUUACUGGACGGCCAGGCAUCUGCGAAGAUUGUUCGUCGGCUUCAUCGUCGCGGGUGACAUUGCCCACACCAUCCAGCUAGCCGUCAACGCCAAGAGACCGCAUUUCAUCGACAUCUGCCAGCCCGCUGUAAAACUGCCCAACGGGACGGAGGUGCUCGCCUGUUCGGGAGAACCGGUGACUCCGGAAGCGCGGUCAGGUGUUGACAGGCGUAGCGACUCGGAACCUUCCUCUGGAAGCGGCGAUGAAGAACCUGAUCCGGAGGGAGACGGUGACGCAAAUGACACAGCGAUUCUCGCGCAGGACGAGAACGCUAACGUCGCCACCGCUCCCCGUUCGCCAGCUGAGUGGACAGCACCGCAGCCGGGCGCAGUUCCGCGACGUUCUUCAGAAGGUCACGUCGGUGAUUCGAACGUGGCCUUCGGCGAGAACGCCCCUGCAGGCGCUGGCCGCGGCUCCCGCUACGACCAUCGUCACGUCGACGUCACCAGCAAUGGGGCACCGCCUACGGGUGACGUCACGGACUACCGCUGCACGGGACCCAAGGGUCGCAAGUCGGGGUCCUCGUUUCCCUCGGGCCACGCCACCGUCGCGGGCUUCGCGGGCGUUUUCAUGUUUGGCUACGGCGUCCGGAGGUUCCCGGGCUUCCACCGGCCGUUCCGAGCCGCGCUCCUUGCUUGGGCCCUGGGCACGUGCAUCUGGCUCGUGUGCGCGCAGAGGGUCGCGCAGCACAAGCACUUCGUGAUCGACGUCGUGUGCGGUGCGGCAUUCGGCGCCGCCGUGGCCGUGCCCUUCGCGGCGUGGCCGUACGGAGACGACAAGCCUUGACCACACGCCAAUGCGGAACUGUGGUGUCUGGCCACUAUAGCCUGCACUGCGAACUUGGCCUUCGCGUUAUCUAUGGUCGCCUACGGCCCACUUUUAUGACUCUUUUCUUUUUUACUAUUCUUGCGUCGUAUAUAUAUAUAUAUAUUUUUUGGGGGGGAAUCUGUGCUUUGACUCGACUUUCUUUGUUUGAUUCUCGGUUAUAUGGUUAGUAACGCCUGGAGGAAUACAUUUGAUCAAAAAUGAGCAGAGGAACGUUGUGGUCGUUCCCGGGUCAUGAGUGCCUUCCACAGUCCAGGAUGCCAUGGCCCCUCGCCGCGAUUAUGGCCCUGCAGCCACUGGUCGGGAUAUGAGCCGGUCAGCUGGUCUUCCCAAUGCUCCGCAGAUGGUUGGGAAACGGGGGGGGGCUACGGGUGUGUCGUGCUCGCAUUCCCAUACCAUAUGGUUGACACUCGACAGUCCUUACAUUUGUAGUCGUAGUUGGUUAGAUAUACAGCGUGAAUUUAUUCAUGCCGUGCCGGAAAUUGUUUGCCUGUAGUUGUCUGAGUGCAACGGCGUCUUCUCUGAAUAGCUUGGGGGUGUCAGGGAGGGUAUAUUCUCCUUCCUAGUCUGCAAUGCGCUAAAAUUCCCGCGUGUUUAUUGGGAGCGUGUUCUCCUGUGUACCCUGGAGCGCGGCCGCAUAGCGAGGUAGUCCGAAGAGUAUGUUCUCGGACAGCGCCGUGAGCCGCCAGAUCACCUGCUAGGGACACGUGUCCCAGGGUCCAGACUAUAUAUGUAUUCAGGGGCACGUUUGAUUCUUUUUAACGUUUUGAAGGCCGACGUUGACAUUUGGCCUAUUUGAUAAUUCUUGUAGCGAAUGGCGAGUUUGCUGUCACCGGGAUGUGCUCCUUGGCUUCUCGUGUUGGCGAGAUCAGCUGCCGUCUCUUCCGCAGAGCCCGUGUCCGGGCUGUCCACGGAGAACGCCGCGAGUUCUUUCUUGUUGUUAACAAUGCUGAUCGCUUGCGCUUCUUUCUUUUUUUCCUUGUACUUCCGCGAAUGUGUGCCGCGUACUUUCUUCGUCUCCCUCGUAGGCCUUUCUAAAUGAUUUCACCUUUGCCGUCCUUCUUUCUUAGUUGAGCUCUGGAUGCAUGCUGCGAGGAAUAGACUCAGCCUUGAUCUGGUCUCUUAGAUGUAGAGUAAUUUUUUUGUAAAUUUUCGACUCGUCUACGACUGCGUUGUCCGGAAUUCUUAAUGUGUCGCUGCCCGUCCUGGCUCGACUUGUGCGCAUCUGCAAGCUCCUCCCACGUGUUAUGGAUACGAAUUUGAAGCAGUUUAUCUGUGGAGGUGGUUGGAGGAGGCGCUGAGGCGAAUCCGCUGGUCCACUUUUAUAACUUUUUUAUUUGUGCACCAUGUUUUUUUUUCUUGUGUUUUCAAUCUGCACGAUGAUUUGCUUAUAGUUGGCAUGACUCCUCCGCCAGAAAAAAGAAAGUACACAAAUAAAAUAUGCAUUCUCGUUUUAAGACGGCA